UAAUUAAUAGAAAUAAAUACAACAAAAAAAAAGAAUAAUACACGGGUGCUAGGUACUUUACAACCUCAUUCCUCUUAUGAUUAUCCUUAAUGUAGCUUCCCCUACACCACCUCAAAACCUGAAAGAUGCAUCCCAAGAGAACCUACUUCCUCGCUCCAACGCGCGAUCAGGCUCCGACGGGGCCCAUCGCGCUCGGGAACCUGAUCAGGUCCCCUCGCGAGCCCGACUUCCCGCUCAACGACCCCAACUCUCCGACCGUCCGGCGCCUCCAGUCCGCCGCGACCGUCGUCCCGGAAGCGGACGCGACCCGGUCGGCCCACGCCGCGCGCUCCCUCCAGCCGACCGUCUUCCUCUCCUUCCUCUCGGGCCUCCUCGGCCAGAACCCCGUCGAGCUCAGCGUGGCGUACUCGACGGCGGGCGGCGCCGCCUACCGGAUCCCGCGCCUCGAGACCCGCACGAUCCACCCGUCCGCGGCCGACGUCGCCGCCCUCUUCGCCGAGCCCGCCGUCCAGGCCGCCCUCCGCGACAGCCGCUUCACCGCCAACCUGUACCUCGUCACGGGGCUGCAGAUCGCCACCCACGGCGCCGAGUACCUGGUGUCGGGCGCGCGCGCGCGCGGGGUCCGCCUGCACUUCCUCACGGAUCUGAUCACCACCGCUGCCGGCGGGGUACCGGUCGGUGCCGGGGUGGGCGCCGAGGCGACGGAGGCGAUGGAGGGCCGGUCGGCGGGUAGGAUCGAGGGGCCGUUCGUGCUGGCCUAUAGCCUGCGCGAGGUGCUGUACAGGAGGAAGAAGGUCACGGGGCAGAGGCGGCCCAGGAUCGAAGGGGAUUUGUAUGCCGAUGGGGAGAGGAAGGUCAGGAUUAUUAAGAGGGAGGAGGAGGAGGAGGAGGAGGAGGAGGAGGAGGAGGAGGGGCAGGUUGAAUCAUUCGAAGCCGAGCUGGCGGGGUUGAAGGAUGAGGAUCCCGAGUUGCCCGAGUACUGGGAUUUAAUAGAUGUCGAGACUGGGGUUGAUCUUGACGGGGCCGAAUGUCAGAUUGUUCGCGUUGCCGCGGACAAGCAUGACGGCGAUGAUGAUCUGGAUGAAGACUGAACACUCAGGGGUCCACCUAAGUACCUCGGAUGAGAAGAUAUUACCAAUCCACUUUGGGAUACAUACAAAUCUUCUUGCGCUAACUAAUCGGAGGAUAUUUAAGCAUGCCUGACUAGAGAGCGGCGUAACACAUGUAUUUUCCUAGCGUCGAUAGGUUCUUAUCGAGGUUCUCGGGCAAUCUAGAAAUGCUUUUCUUGAAUCCUAAUUAGUCAUAAUUAUGGCUUGCUGUCUACACUCCAUACGCAGUGCUGGUGCUCUCUAGUCGCCCGUGCACACAGUAAUUACUGGAGCUUGCCACUUG